AUGCGCGGCGCCACCGCUGCGCACGCGCGCUCCGGCUCUGGCCCCGCCCACCUGGCCCGGCUGCCGCUGCGCGGCCCCGCCGCGCGCGCGGUCACGUCAUGGCGGCGUGUCGGGAGCGCGCGCGGGAGCGCGCUUCGGCCUCCUGCCGGUGCGACGAAAGGCGGCACUGCGGCCGGAGCCGCCUCCGGUGCGACGAAAGGCGGCACUGCGGCCGGAGCCGCCUCCGGUGCCUCCUGCCGGUGCGACGAAAGGCGGCACUGCAGCCGGAGCCGCCUCCGGUGCCUCCUGCCGGUGCGACGAAAGGCGGCACUGCGGCCGGAGCCGCCUCCGGUGCCUCCUGCCGGUGCGACGAAAGGCGGCACUGCGGCCGGAGCCGCCUCCGGUGCCUCCUGCCGGUGCGACGAAAGGCGGCACUGCAGCCGGAGCCGCCUCCGGUGCCUCCUGCCGGUGCGACGAAAGGCGGCACUGCGGCCGGAGCCGCCUCCGGUGCGACGAAAGGCGGCACUGCAGCCGGAGCCGCCUCCGGUGCCUCCUGCCGGUGCGACGAAAGGCGGCACUGCAGCCGGAGCCGCCUCCGGUGCCUCCUGCCGGGGCAAUGUUGUGCUUCGGAGGGACGGAGGAGGCCUGCGGGAGGAUUCAGUGCCGCAGGCCCCGCGCCCACGGAGCUGCAGGGCAGCCCUGGCCUCACCCAGCCCCUCAGAGUCGAAUUCACAGUAUUAUGGAUACAAAUUCCAUCUCAAGGCCCAAGACAAAUCAGUCUUGUGGGCAACCUGUAGAAGAUGAGAAGAUGAUGGAGAAUGCUGUGUGCUGCCCAAAAAACAUUUGUAAAUAUGUAUUAAUGCUUUUUGAUCUUCUAAAAUUACAGCUAAUAAAAUAAUAAUCAAACGCCAUU